GUCAUGCGGAUGAAUCAAUAUCGCUAUUUCCAGGAAUAAAACACCCCUGCGAAGACCAUAUCUCUCUUCGAGAAACGAUUGCACGGCGUUGGGUUAAGCUAAUCCUCAAAAUUCGAAUAUUCUCACAUUUGUAUCGGUUGCGAGACGUGUAAACGAAUCAGAAGUUAUCACUCCAUGCUGAAGACUACAGCUAAUAUAACACUAAAAUUCGUGGAUCAAGCUGUUAAUUUGACCACCUAAACGGUCAUCGGAAGUUGAAGCAGCAGCGUGCCGGGUCACACACUAAGGUAGAACAUUUAUAUUAUCGCACACCAAAGACAGGACGUUUUACCAGAAGCAAAAACCAGCGAUUUUUCCAGACGCGUGAAGCUGUAAACUGUAUAUAAACACCAUUUUGACUCGGACUAUUUUUUGUUCUAUAAGUUAACAUAGAAGAUGGCUGGAAAACCGGAGCUUCCUCACGGGUACCUGGGUGCUCAGUCGAAAUUCGAGGAGUUUGGGCUCUCAACAGAGAGCCACUUUGAACCGGAAAUCCAUACGGACACCAAUCAGUUGGAGGUAAAGAUCCGUACGAGCAAGCCCUCUAAGGUCACGGCCAAUCUGACGCAUUGCGGAAGGUCCGAGGAGUUGCCUCAACACGUGUUCACGCAGACCAAAGACAACGUCGUCUCCUUCCUGGUGUCCCUGCCCGAGGUGGGAUACUACAAACUUCAGAUCUUCGCCCUUCUGUUGCCCGACGACAGCAAGACGCUUCCGGGAGUUUACAAUUAUCUCAUCAACUGCACCAAGCUCUCAAGCGCGGUCGUUAAUUACCCGAAGCAGUUUGCGCAAUGGAAGGAGGGCUGCUACAUCGUCGAGCCAGCCAGUCUCAGUUCCCAUGGCAACCUCUCUAACGUCCGUUUCGAGGCUUUUAUACCGAACGCCAAGUCAUCCGCCAUCGUCGCCGACGGAACCUGGUCACACCUGUCUCGGAACGCCGCCGGUCUGUGGGAAGGCCGCGUUGACCUCACCCCGUACAAAGGUCGCGACGCCAAGGUCACACUGAAUGCCAAUUAUGGCGAAGACAAUAAGUUUUCCACCCUUCUCGAAUACAGAAUAUAAACUCAUAAAUUAAAAACAGCACUUUUUGUACAGCAUAUUUGGAUAUGUACAGGUCUAUUAAUUGCUGUGCUUGCGUAUUUUGCAUGAAAUAAGAUUAAUAGUUAGUUCAGGUUAAUUUUGCUUCAAAAAUGUAUAGCAUUGUAUUUUGCAAUUUAACACUGGUUUUAUUUAAUUUAACUUUACUCACAUGGGGCAACUGAUUGAGUAAGGCUUUAGUUGUAUUACAGCGGUAUAUAUAUGAACCGGUACCUGGGAAAACCGUGCAUUUUGAACGAGCUUAAAGCAUCGACACAGAUUCCCUUUGCUGUCAGUGCAGGCUAAUGCAUAGGCUAAUCCGGGGCGAUAUUUUAUAAACAUACAUUAAGUCCGAUUUUCCACGGACCGGCUCGCUUGUAUAAGAAACUAUUAACAAGCAUACGUCUCCUCUUAUUAUAAUAAAUAUGCAAGAUAACUUUUCAAAUAUUUAUAAUGUAAUGGAUUCGUGUAGUAAAAAUGUACAACAAUGUAAAGUGAUAUGUUCUUUGUACUGAGAGUAUUCACAAUGACGCGGCAUUGUUUAUGUAAUUGUCUAAUGCUGAAAGUAUAAUGUGUAAUGUUUUCAUAGGAAAUAUAAUCAUGUGCAUUAGUGUAUCACACUAUACGUAUUAAUAUAAAAACUUAAUAAGAAGAGUGUAUCUUUUUGUCCUGGGUUGAUCGGAAAGAAUCGGAUAUUGAAAACGUA